CUGAGGCCGGAGGUGCACUCCAAGGAGCAGAUCCUGGAGCUGCUGGUGCUGCAGCAGUUCCUGGCCAUCCUGCCUGAGGAGCUGCAGGCCUGGGUGCGAGCGCAUCAGCCAGCCAAUGGAGAGGAGGCCGUGACUGUGCUGGAGGAUGUGCAGAGAGAGUUUGGCAGGCAGACUGACCAGCCUUGGGUGUACCCAUUUGCAGGUCUUCCUUGUUGGACAAAGGACGGACUUGAUUGCCGAGAAGCUAGUGCCUUGGGAAAUCCCUCAGGAGUUACCAAGUAGCGAGCUCAAGCCUGUGAAGCAGCAGCUCCAGUGGGCAUCCGGGGAACUGCAUUCCUUAAGGCAGAAUGAUGAAGACACCAAAACUAUAAAUGUGAAAACGGCUUCCAGGCAAAAGACUCCUUCAGGCAUAGAACUGUGCUGUGAUGUUUCUAACGCCCUUCAUGUGAAUGCCUCCAAGAGUUUUACAUGUGGAGAAACCUGUGAACAAAAUGGCAGGUUUGAAAGAAGACAAGGAAACCCCUCUCGAAAAAAGCAACACAAGUGUGAUGAAUGUGGGAAAGUCUUCAGUCAGAGCUCAAAUCUUUUCAGACACAGGAAACGACACACUGAGAAAAAGCCUCAUCAAUAUCAUGAGGGAAUCAAAGCAUUUACUUUGAGUUUUCUCAGAAUUAGAGAAGACAGAAGGCACUGGCAAUCCUUGGGUUUUAGUGGACACCGGUUUCCUUUCAAGAGCUAUAAAAGCUAGAGGAGAAAAAUGUAGACUAGUUCUUGUCAGCAGUAUUUGCCCUUCUGCUUAUCAGUGCAGUGUCAAUUCACAUGAAAGCUUAAUGCAAAUUCCUAUCCGUAAGCAUCCCUGACAUUCUCAGACAUUCUACUCUUCAUCGUUAACACAAAUAAAGAACUAGUAUAUUCCUUUUUAGACAAGUAUGUUUUUCCCUAGUGAAAAGAAAUAUGUGUUAGUAUAAAAACAGAUAACUCCCAUUUUAUAACUUGAGCACUAGAAUUAUAAAGACUAAACAUUUAAGUACUUAAAAAAAAUUCCCAUUUGGCUCGUUACCAGAUUCAAAAUAUGAAGAGUGGGAUGAGGAGUCCAAAAGAAUGUGUAUCCCAGGACCAAGGCUGAAUGUCCAGAGUCAUUGUUAGGAGGCUGUUGAAUAAAGGGACUUUCAUGAAAGCUCACAAGAAGCCUACGGACUGCUCAUGACACUAAGUAAUUUCCUAUGUUGGAAAAAAUCUUUACAAUGUAGUUUAGAAAUAAUAGAAACAUUAAGGAUUUUCUACAUGUAUUUAAGAAGGGACCUACACAUAAGGAAUGUUUUCAUAAUAAACAGAGCUAUUCUGGA